AUGGGAGAAAACAUUGCUCAUAUUUAUCGUCAUCAAAACCAAGCCGAAGAGCAAGACGAAGAAGCACUUUCUCUUUGCAACUUUCCUUUAGAUGUUACCAAAACCAGCUCAGAAAAUUAUCACUUGGGCAAAGUGUCUGCCCUGCAGGGCUUAUCUAGAAGAUCAUCAUCUGAUGCUGGCCCUGAACUCUUCGAGUUUCUCAGCGAUCUUAGCUCCGAGAUGUGCCCAGCUGACGACAUAAUCUUUUGCGGCAAACUCAUUCCUUUGAAUGAGCAAUCCAUUCCCUUUCAAACACGGAAAGAUUGCUCUUUCGAAGAAGAUAGAGAAAACCAUGUUUUACGCAAACGAUCCGAGUCACUCUCCGAGUUACGUAGCGACUCCAUAACUCGAACCGGCAGCACCAAAGAGUACACUAAGCUUCUUAGGAACAGUCGUUCCUUGGACUAUAAAAAGCUUCGCCGUUAUGACAUGGUUAGAAAUCCUUCAACAAGAAGUUCCGGAAAAUCCGAAGUUCCUACGAAAAAACUUAUUAAGCGGAAGUGGUUUGUUUUCAUGUUUGGAAUGGUUAAGUUUCCACCGGAAAUGGAGCUUAAAGAUAUCAAAAUCCGACAGUGCCGUCGGAAUCCAUCGAUUAUGUUUCCAUCAGCGGAAGGUGGCGGUAAAAAACAUUCUGGUAACCGGAGCUCAGGCAAGGGUUCUUGGAGUUUGUUAAAAGCGUUAAGUUGCAGAGAUCAUAGAAGUGUCGCAGUAGCGGCAUCAUUGUGGAUGCCUCAAGCCUAA